GGGUGCUCCGAUAACAGGACUUAAAGUAUUCGUCAGUUGGAGCUGAUCAUCGUAUAUUUUGUUUGCUCUCUUGCGUUGCUCCAACUCUUUUUGCUCCAUUUCGAAAACGUUCAAGUCGUGCCUACGCAAAGACGUCUGUUGGAGACAGACCCAAAUCACUGCGAGGAGCUGUUCCUAGAGCGCAAUACGAUGGAGCUGUCGGAUAUUGCUUUUCCAAUCACCUCCGCGGAUGACUUUUACGACGACCCGUGCUUCAACACCAGCGACAUGCACUUUUUCGAGGACCUGGACCCGCGGUUGGUUCACCUGGGCCUGCUGAAGUCGGACGACCACCACCACCGCGAGGACGAACACGUCCGGGCGCCGAGCGGCCACCACCAAGCGGGCAGGUGUCUCCUGUGGGCGUGCAAAGCCUGCAAGAGGAAGACCAGCAACUCGGACCGCAGGAAGGCGGCGACCAUGCGCGAGAGGCGGCGGCUCGGCAAAGUCAACGACGCGUUCGAGACCCUGAAGCGCUGCACCUCCACCAACCCCAAUCAGAGGCUGCCGAAGGUGGAGAUCCUGAGAAACGCCAUCAGCUACAUCGAGUCCCUCCAGGCACUGCUCAGGGGCCAGGAGGAGAACUACUACCCCGUCCUGGAACACUACAGCGGGGAUUCGGACGCAUCCAGUCCCCGGUCAAACUGCUCUGAUGGAAUGAUGGAUUUUAAUGGCCCAACGUGCACUUCAAGGAGAAGGAGCAGCUAUGACAGCGCCUACUUCACAGAGACGCCAAACGAUUCCAGAAAUGGCAAGAACUCCGUCGUUUCCAGUUUGGAUUGCCUAUCCAGCAUCGUGGAGCGAAUUUCGACAGAACCCGCCGCCUGCCCAGCACCGGUCAACGAGGGCGUCGAGGACGGUCCAUGUUCCCCACGGGAGGGCUCUAUCCUGGGCGAGACUGGAGCACCCACCCCAUCCCCGACCAACUCUACACCGUCCUCUCAUGACCCCAACCCGGUCUACCAGGUGUUAUGAAGUUCGCGGUCUCAUGAGGCGAAAGACUGUCGCGAUAUACAUACAUUCUUCAAUUCAGAGUAAUUCCUUGGGGAGGGAGGGAUGACCAGACAAAAACGGCAUGUUCUUCUAUCAUCACAUGCUGCUGGCUCACACGACACACAAAAAAUGGUUUGCUUGUGUUCCAAGCAAAAAGGCUACGUUUAAAUGUCUACGUUUGAAAGGCAACGCGCAAGAUCACAAAUAUGAUUUAUGUACUUGCAUUACUUCAUAUUUAGUCAUUAUGAAAGCGUGGCGGUACUGGUACGAAACCACAUUUUACAGACGCUAUUACUGAAGGCAAAUGUCCAGGGUUAAUUGAUCUCCCCGGCUUUUAAUGUACUGGUUCUUGUAAAGGAAAACAAUCCAUAAAUGUAAUUUGGAAAAUGAGGACCAUUUUUGUAUAUUUGUGAAUAAGAGCUUUUUUGCUAACAGAAAAUGAAACAAAAUUAUUUAAUGCUGUGUGUUUAUAGAGAUGCUUGGUUUGUUGUGUCAGAUGUUUAACUUUAUAUUUAUAUAUCCAAAGAAACUGAGUGAAUGUCUUCGUUUUAAUAAACCACUGUGGUAAUUUAUAUAUAA